AUGGAGCAAGCAGGCAAAAGACUACUCCCCAAAGUCGUCGACGAUUUCGCCGAAACAGACCCUGAGAGACGGUUUGCCAUCAUCUCGCGGGGAGCAGAGCUGUCUGAUGGAUUCCAGACUCUAUCAAUGAAAGAUGUUUCUCGUGCUGUGAACAUCCUAUGCGAGUGGAUGGAGAGCACUAUUAAGCCCGCGCGCUCCCGUGAGACGUUGGCGUAUAUGGGGAAAAACGACGUGCGCUAUUGCUUCUUUCUUCUUGCAUGCCAGAAGCUUGGUUUUCAGGCCUUCUUUCCGUCUACGAGAAAUUCUGACGAGGUUCAUGUACAUCUUCUGAAGGCAACGAGGUGUACCAAGUUCUUUUGCAGCGAGGGGCAGCGUAGCCGGGCUCUGGAAACUCAGUGUCUUUCCCCAGAUGUGGAUGUCUUUGAAGUUCCCACCCUGAAGGCCAUGCUCAGUGAUGGAGGUGGAUUUCGCUCCUAUCCAUCCCCAAAUUCAUUCGCCGAGGCUUGUGAUGAGCCAGUGUGUAUCAUCCACAGCUCUGGAACGACCGGUAUGCCCAAGCCGGUGUAUCUCACGAACGGCUUCUUCGGUACCAUGGAUGCGGUCACUCAGCUUCAAUGGCCCCCAGGUCGCGAACCAAGUCUGUUUUUCAACUUCGAUCAACAAGACCUUGUGUUAACCACGACGCCAUUCUUCCAUUUGAUGGGACUCAUGGCGUUCGUGUUAAGUAUAUUCCAUGGAGCGCCUGCUUUGAUUGGUCCUGAAAAGCCGCCCUCCGUGGACUUUUUGGUCGAGUUGAUGCGGAAGGGUCGCCCGACAGCCGCAGUAUACCCGCCAUCUCUGCUAGAAGAUCUCAGCCAUUCCGACGAGGCACUUGCCUGUCUAAAUGAGCUGCGAACUGUCCGCUUUGGAGGUGCUCCUCUAGCACCAGAGACUGGUGAACGUCUACGGAAGUAUACGCAAGUAGUGACUGCGAUCGGAUCAAGUGAGGCCGGGUGGAUACCAUCGAUGGUUCCGGAAGAUCCAGGUAACUGGAACUACUUCGAAUGGCACCCGGAAUAUGGGCUGGAGAUGCAGCCCACGGGAAAUGAUCUCUACGAAAUGGUGUUACGACGACAGGCGUCUCGGGAGUUCCACGGUAUCUUCCACACCUUCCCCAACAUCGAUACCUAUCGAACCAACGAUCUCUUCACUCAACACCCCACGGUCCCAAGUCUAUGGAAGUUUUAUGGCCGGGGGGACGACGUGAUCGUUCUGAGUAACGGCGAGAAGUUUAACCCGGUCACCAUGGAGACCAUUAUGGAGGGGCAUCCGCUUGUUUCGAGGGCGGUAGUCAUUGGAGAAUUUCGAUUCCAGGCGGGCUUGUUAAUAGAGCCCGCCGUGGACGUGCCAGAGAUGGAUACUAAGAUGUUCAUCGAACAGAUCUGGCCAGCCGUACAAGCGGCAAACAUGACUAUCGCCGCGCACGGCAGGGUGAUGAAAAGUAAGAUCGGGCUUGCCUCAAAGACGAUGCCUUUCAAGAGAACCCCAAAGGGUACCACGCAGCGGCGAGCUGUAUUGAGGGAUUAUAUGAAGGAGAUUGACGCAAUCUACUCUGAUGGUCUAGAGGAGGAGCCAAAGUAUUCCCUCCCUGACACCCUAGACCAAGCUAGCGUGAGGAGAUACGUUCGCCAAACGAUGGCUCAUGUGCUAGGAACAUCAGAUAUACCGAUUGACCAGGAUUUUUAUAGCGCUGGGCUCGACUCUCUCCUGACUAUCCAGGCCUCCAGGGUGAUCAAAGAGGGUAUUCAACUGCGUCGACCCGAUAUAAAAGCAGGGCUUAGGCUUAUGACUCCACAGACGAUCUAUGGAAACCCAACUGUGGAGAAAUUGUCGCGCGUUGUUCGUGCUAUUCUAAAAGAUAAUAUGCAGCAGACAGGCAUCCCUCGAGCAAAGAAGAUACAGGACCUAGUGAAAAAGUACACAGCCGAUCUUCCCUUGCGCGACGAGCGCUUCCUCCAGAGCAAUAAGGAGGCGCACUUCACUAUGAUUCUCACCGGAUCAACGGGCUCACUAGGGACAUACCUACUCUACAAUUUUCUUUGUAGCCCGGUUGUAUCGAAGAUUUACUGCUUGAAUCGAUCAGACGCAGAGCCGCGGCAGAGAAAAAGCUUCGAGGAGAAAGGCCUACAUGUGGAGGAAGACGACUGGAAGAAUAAGCUAGAAUUCCUCACAGUCUCUUUCGGAAAACCGCGCUUCUAUCUGGAUGAGGCUAAAUAUCAAGAGCUGCUGGAAUCGGUGGACACUAUCAUCCACAACGCCUGGAAAGUCGACUUUAACCACUCGGUCGACUCCUUCGAAGCUGAUCACAUCUGUGGCGUUCGUCGGUUUAUUGACUUCGGCCUUCAUAGCAAGCACAACGCCCAUCUCCACUUUGUUUCCUCUAUUAGUACGGUCGGUGCGUGGACACCGAACAUGGCGCCGGCGGUCCCGGAAGUCCCGAUAGAAAAUAGCGCAGUGGUCCUCCCACAAGGCUACGGCGAAUCCAAAUAUGUUGCAGAGCGCAUCUGUUUGGAAGCAUCGCGACGGUGCCGUAUGGAAACAACUAUAUAUCGUGUGGGACAAAUUGCAGGCCCGACUACUGCAAGCGGACAAUGGAAUCAGCACGAAUGGAUUCCAGCCAUCAUUGCGACGUCAAAGGCGCUGGGUCAAGUUCCCAAUUGGCUAGGAGGUAGGGAAGUUGACUGGAUCCCCGUGGACACUCUCUCAUCGAUCAUGGGCGAGAUUGUUAACACACAAAGUACAAACCCAUCCGAGGACCUCUGUUCCGUCUUUCAUCUGACGAACCCGUCGAGGGUACCCUGGUCGUCACUGAUUCCAAUCAUCCAAAAGAAGUACGCGGUGGAGCCAGUCGAACUGGCCGCCUGGAUAGGCAAACUCGAAAACAUCCGGAACCCUACGGACACUGAGGUUCGUAAAAAACCAGCACUCAAGCUGCUGGGCUUCUACCGCGCGCUGCUAGAUAAAACCUCGGCACUUUCAGUGGUGCUGGAUGUCCGACGAGCGCAAGAAGCGAGCGCCACAAUGAGAUCACUGGGACCAAUCUCUGUGCACCUAAUGCUAAAUUGGUUGCAACAAUGGCAAUUCUGA